AUGGCUCCACAUAUCAGCAAUCAUCGUGACUCCCGCAGAAAGAUCUCGCAUAGAUAUGAUGGCGAUUUUGAGUCAGAUGCGGACGAAGGUUUGACUCGAAGUGAAUCUGCACGAGGACCGACAAAGGUUUCUUCACAAGGAGCGUCACAACACGACGAGGGAAAGGCUUCCCUCUACCGCCACCUCAAAGAAGUCCAGAGGGUCCAGCGCAAGGUGGCUCCCUCUGAUCUGUCAUCGGAACAGGAGAUACACAUUCACUACGUUCCCAUCAUCAGCUCUUCUCCUACCAACCCUUUCACCUCCCAUCACCGGUCACAAUCGCCUUCGGACAAACACCAAACCUGCAAGUCCAACUCGCAAGUGACCCCAGCCACUGACAAACAUUCAACCAUGUCUCGAGCUAGCAGACGAGAGCGUUCUCGUUCUCACGAUCGUUCUCGCAAAUGCUCGCCCAGGCGAUCUAAACACGGCCACGAGAAGCGCGGCAAGCAUGGCAAGAAAGCGGACCCCUACCUCGAGCCGCUGAAGCAGCGUUGGAUCUGCUACGAGUGCGGCAAGAUCAGGUCUGACAAAAUUCGUGAGCGUCACCCUCUUGCAGUCGACCAGAAGAUGCAGCCAAAUUGGUGUGGCCGUUGUCGCAUCAGCCACGAACUCAAGGGCAAACCGCUGGCAUGGUACGGUCAACGCCAUUACUGUUGGGGAUGUGGCAUCGUCCGCUCAGAGAAAUAUCAUCGCGAGAACCAACUCGCUCCAAGCCAGUCGUCGGGUCCCAAUUACUGCAGGCCUUGUCGAGAGGCAUCACCUGGCUACGAGCACAAUCUCCGUGAGGCAAGCGAGAUUGGCGGCGAAGCCACUGCUGUUGACAAGGCAUUCAUGCGCCAGGUGCACGACGCCAACCUGAGCGCCAUCGAGGAGGACAAGGACGACCACACCAGCACGUCCAACCGCGCGCCUGGAAAGGAGAAUGACGCUCGCGAGGGCCUGCUCAGGACCAGGGAGACCACCAGCUCUUUGCUCAAGAACCGCUCCUUCAAGACCAAGACAUGUUCCUCCUCGUCCUCCUCGUCUUCCGAGGGCAACAUGCCUAUCAAGAAACUUAAGGAUAUGCAUCUCGAGGCAGACAGGACGCUCAACUUCGGGGGCGAGGCCAGAGAUGGAGGAGGUCGCCUCUCUGCGGGCUCCUCCUACAAGCCCCCUUCCGUCGAGUCUGUAUCUGGCUGCGGCUCUUUGGUUGGAGGUAAAGUGAAGACCUACCACGUUUCUCCCCGUGACAUCGAGCACCUGGCUCGAGCUGACGGAAAUGGCGACUGCGAAAUGAAAGAUAUCGGUACCGACAUGGCGGACAAGGCUUGCCAGGCAGACAUCGACACGACCAUGCAGACGUGUCUCGGCGGACCUGACACCGCAGUGUCACCCAUGGAUGUCCACCACCAGACCGACUCUGGCAGUAGACCCACCACGUCCGGCACAGAUGGCUCUGGCAUGUUCUGCAACUUCCCGUCUGGCACCUCGAAAACUUCUGCUGCGUCUCUUCGCUGCCGUCCUCGCCGCAACCCUGCGGAGACAAGCACCGGAAGCCCUCCAGAGCGAGAUGAUUCCAUUGCUGACAUGAACAUUGGUGACAACCUGCGCCACAGCUAUCUUGGCUCUAUCCCCUCAGCUCAGUGGCCGGCUCACGAGGAUGAUCAUGGAUUGCCUUCGCAUGGGACCUUCGGAGAAGUUCACGGUGUGAACGGUAUGGCCGGCGGAUAUGCCCAAGGUCGGACAUUGUCUGGCUUUCCGAUGCCACCGACUCCUCCGUUCGAGGCUCGUUUCCAGCCAAGCCGGGACCACUCAUUCUACGACUACCACCGUCACAACAUGAGUCCAGGCAGUCCCUAUGGAAUUGAGACUCGCUACGGUGCUAGCGGCUUCGGCCCUGGCGGUGGCGCGGAGGCCCUUCGCCCAGACUUCGAUCGGCCUCGUGGUAGCUUCGACUCUGCUGCCCACUUCAGCGAUGCUCACUGUCGUCGUGACUUCUCUGGAAAUUCCUACUACGACCCCGCCACUGAGGGCAACUAUGAAUACAACGCUUCGUACCCCAACGACGGCUUCUCUCAGCAUGCGCCGAGCUACCAGUACGGACACCAGCCCCAGUACGAUGCCCAGACUCAGUACGGUCACCAGUCGCAGUAUGGUCCCUCGUCGCAGUAUGAACCUCAGACUCAGUACGGUCCCAAUGCUCAAUAUGAUUCUCAGGGACAGUAUGGACACCAAGCCCAGUACAACAGCAGUAACUUCCCUCGGCAGGCCACAGCCUUCGGAGACGGUGGCAACUAUGCCUCGGAGGACUUUGGUUACACAGGAACCGACAAGGGCAACAAGGUUUGGACCGCCAACAGCUCCUCCAAAACCUGGGUUCCCACGCACGAAGAGGUCCUUGAAUACAUGCAGCAGAAAUACAUGAGCGGAGGUCCGCAAUACCAGGGAAAGUCACAGACGACGCCCCGCGCUGAGCCGCAGUGGAAGAUUUACGAGGAUGAAGACGACGGAGCCGCAAUGGAGCAGGACCGUUCCGGCACGGACUCCUAUGCGUGGCGUGACGGCAAGACCUCCGUCCACCAUGUCAACUCGACCACUCCUGGCAACACUGUGACCAUUCUGUCGAUCCGUGAGAUCACGAGUGAUGAGGACCUCCCUACCAAGUUUGGUAGAGGUGAGGAUGAUGAUUAUGAUGAUGACGAUCACGACAGCGAUGGGCGUUCGUCUCUGACUGCCAUCCGAGCGGGCUGA